AUGUUCCAAUUCAUUGCUUCUGUGGAGACACAAGAUGGCUUGAAAGCUUCCUCUGCAAAAAUAUCGCCCAAUGGGCAAUUCCUUGCUAUAACGCAGGGACUUAACAUUCUAAUAUUCGAUGUCAACAAACAGGUCAUAUCACAAACGCUAGUCACGUCACACGCAAGGCCGUUCUCAGAAUUAUGCUGGUCUCCCGAUGGACUGUGUUUAGCGACUGCGUCGGAUGACUUCUCUGUGGAAAUAAUACACUUAUCAUACGGGCUGCUACACACUUUUGUUGGCCAUACGGCGCCUGUGAUAUCUCUGACGUUCAAUAGAAAGGGAAACUUGCUGUUUACGUCCUCAAUGGACGAGAGUAUCAAGAUCUGGGACACUUUGAAUGGCUCGUUGAUGAAAACGAUAUCUGCGCAUUCGGAAGCAGUUGUGUCCGUGGAUGUGCCCGUAAGUGAUUCUUCUAUUUUGAGUUCAGGUUCGUAUGACGGGCUCAUACGGAUCUUUGACUCAGGUACUGGACAUUGUUUGAAGACGUUGACCUACGAUAAGGACUGGAAAAGGGAGAAUGGUGUGGUGCCUAUCUCCCAGGUUAAAUUUUCAGAAAACGCAAGGUAUCUCCUGGUGAAAUCGCUGGACGGUGUAGUAAAAAUAUGGGACUGCAUCGGAGGUUGCGUGGUACGAACUUUUCAAGUCCAGCUUUCUGAGAAGGGUGUCCUGCACCAUUCUUGCGGUAUGGAUUUCUUAAAUCCUGAGGAUGGAUCCACUCCAUUAGUGAUCAGCGGUUACGAAAAUGGCGAUAUUUACUGUUGGAACUCGGAUAAUAAAGAUCUCGUUCAACUGCUAGAUGGGUCUCUACAUCAUCAUAAUAGUCCUGUCAUGAGCAUACACUGCUUCGGUAAUAUCAUGUGUUCUCUAGCAUUGAAUGGAGAUUGCUGUUUAUGGAGAUGGUUGUGA